AUGGAAAACAGCGAAAAGCCAACAGUGCCCAUCGCGCCGGCUACGGCCGCCGAACCAAUUGCGGAUUCUGCAGAGCCAGCGACUGGACCGAAAACAAUGCCAGCGGAUGGCACAAAUUCGCCUACAGAGUUGCCACGAGUAUCGCCGACAGGGCCGCCUACGAGUUCGCCCACAGCAGCCGAAGAAACAUUGACACCAGAACCAACUACAACCACUACAAGAACACUCCCCGGAGCCGAGCCAAUGGCGAUCAUACCCACAGAGAGUGGACCUCCCCCACAAUACCAUGAGCACGAGAAAGACGCAAUCACGACUCCUGCACCGGCAGUUACAUUGCCACAAACCAACGAGAAAGCCUUACCAAUUGCUCCACAAGUUCCAGUUUCUCAAAGAGCCAUUCCAUUGGCACAACUUGCAUGGCUGCCGUCUGCUGCUGUCUCUUCGGCGGCAUUUGCUGCGCAUUUCUACCUUACUGUAUGGAGAUGUGUCACGAUUCGCACCAUUUCUGUACACACUGUGGUGCACAAGUCGCUAUUCAUCCCCAUGAAGGCCCGGUACAGCAAUUCGGACCGCAUUUACCCGGACCAAUUACUCAAGCACCAGGACGAAUUCAGCCGCCGCAGCCAGUUAUGA